AUGACAAAUCUCCGCCGAAAUGGUCAGCCAUCAUCUCACAACAUUCGAUUCCAUGAAUUUUUGAAAGAGGAUCCGCGAUAUCUGAUCUUCCUUAUGGCAUUCAACGACAGUCAUUUACAUGGCGACAUCAAGUCAAAUCCACGGGCCGAGCUUUGUUGGCAGAUGCCAACGACAAGAGAAAUCUUCAACAUAACUGGCCGUUUCUACAUAAUUGCAUCUCCCUUAAAGAUAACUCGCUUCCCUGCUCCAAAAGUCGAUGAUUCCUCGACUGUUCCUGCACUACAAUAUUGGGAGUCACAGCGAUGUGCUGUAUGGACUUCUCUCUCGUCUCAGACAAGAGCAUUGUUUUCAUGGCCGCCUUCCGGUGAAGCACUACAACCUGGUCAAGAAAGAGCAAUGAAAGUGGAUGCCAUGUUAGGAAAUAGUGCAAAAGCAGACACAAAGGAACAGGUUGUGCAUAACGUGGCACUCGACAAUUUUUGCCUACUGGCUUUUAAGGUUGGAGGAAUGACGAGGCUCGAGUACAGUCAGUUUCCGCCUAAAAGGACGGUUUUCACACUAGAUGAGAAGACGCAAGAGUGGCAUGUCGCAGAAACAAAUCCAUGA